CCGUCUCAGCGACCAAUGAAAUGAAGCAGCGCUUGUUUUGAAAAGCAAUGUUAAAAUUUUUUUUAUAAUGUGAGAAAUAUAAAUCAUGAGUCUAGCACACCUGAAGGAGAGACUGAGCCAGAUUUCAAGGAAACGCUCAGAAGACACCUUCACAUUUGACAUUACAGAAUGCAAGAAUCUUAAGCAUCCGGAGGAGUGGUUAGAGUACAUUCAACAUGUGAAAGAUAAUGUCGGCUUUCCUAAUGAUCUCACUCAACACAAGGUCCUCUCAGACCUCUUUGACAAAGCCUUUCAGGAGCUGAAUUCAUCUAAUCAUAAAAACAAUGAGGCGUAUGCCCAACUCUUUGUCAGUUAUGCAAGACUGAAAAGUAACUAUGUGCCAGAAGAUGCCAUUAUGUUAUUUAACCAAGCUAGAGCCAUUGUUCGAAAGUUUGCCAUGGUUCAUAUAGCAUCAGCACAGUUUGAAUUGGAGAGGGACAAUCCAAGCAAGGCAAAGAAGAUUUUAGAGAAGGCAUUAUUAUUUGAGAGUAAACCUAAAGAGGACAUUGAAGCUGCUCUGAAGAAAUUGAAACAAGGCGAGAAAGAAAUCUAUCAUUCCCCACCCGCCAGGAAACAUGAUGAUGGAGACAAACUAGUCAGAAAAGGUUCCUCCGGAAGCGAGUCAUCGGAAGAGUUACGUCCCAUGUCACAGCUAACUGAUAACAUUUCUGCUAACCUAACUGCUAACUCAACAUUCAGUAUUCCUGCAAAGUGCCAUACACUGCCUAAAGCAGAACCAGAGCAAACACCAGUAGUUAAAGUAGAAAGUUCUGUGAAGAAAGGUUUAACAAGAUAUUCCCGGAGUACACCAGUUCUUAAUAGUGAAAAAAGACGAAACGUAAACAUUGGUCUACCAGCACGUGUUAAAAAGAUCAACUUGCCGUUUGAACCAAUGAUGGAUGAAGAGGAGGAAAUGAACACAAUGGAUAGCUUUAAACCACUGGACAAUACUAAAGGAGUGUCUUUCAGUUCUCAUGCACAUACCUCAGGCUACUUGUCAAUGACAGCUGACUCCACUAUACCAAUGGACACAAAACCUCCAGAGAUUCCUAAGAUAGAAGUGUCAGAGGAGAAGAGUGUUAUUGAACUGCCUAAAGAUACUAUACCUAAACCAACUCUGGCACCUAGAACUGAAGUACAGGAAACACCUAACAAUAAAGGCCCACCACCAGUCUCCACACCUAUGCCGAACAUGAAGAUGAUCACAGUGAAUGAUGUACAAUAUGCAGUUCUUGGUGUGAUGGGUAAAGGUGGAUCUAGUAAGGUUUACCAAGUAUUUGAUAACAACCAUAAAAUAAAGGCAAUCAAGUGUGUGGACUUGAACAAUGCUAAUGACAUUAUUGUGGAAGGUUACAAAAAUGAAAUCAAGCUGUUGAAGAGGUUACAGUACUGUGAUCAAGUCAUCAAAAUGUAUGAUAGUGAAUAUAAACAAGAUGAGAAUCAGUUAUAUGUACUGAUGGAAUGUGGGAAUGAGGACUUGGCAUCAUUUUUUCGAAGUCGAACAAAAAAUCGACGACAGCUGUCAGAUAAUCUGAUAUGUUUCUACUGGGAGGUUAUGUUGGAGGCAGUUCAGGCACUACACAAAGAAGGCAUUAUACAUUCUGAUCUGAAGCCAGCUAAUUUCCUCCUGGUUGGUGGCAACUUGAAGUUGAUAGAUUUUGGUAUAGCAAAGGCACUCCAGCAGGAUAAGACGAGUGUGAUCCUUGAAACACAGAUUGGUACCCUGAAUUACAUGAGCCCUGAAGCCAUUAUGGACAGCUGUGGGGAGUCACAGGGCCAAGGGAAACCAAAAUUUAAGAUUGGUGUGAAGAGUGAUGUCUGGUCCCUAGGAUGUAUUCUGUAUAACAUGGUGUAUGGUAGAACUCCGUUCCAACAUCUGAAACAUGACUUAUUCAAGUUACAGGCCAUCAUUAACCCAGACUUCCCCAUAGAAUUUCCAGACAUUCCUAACAAACAUCUUAUAGAUGUUAUGAAGAGGUGUUUAAAUAGAGAUCCCAAGUCGAGACCGUCUAUAGAUGAGUUGCUGUUACAUCCCUAUCUAAAAGCUAACAAACAAGGUAAAGAAGAGACCACCCCACCACCUGCAGAGAAACUGAACAACAAGAAAAUGGAGGCACUAAUCAACACCCUGGCAGACCAGUAUGCCCUGUCUCCUGGUGGUAUAAGGAACCUCAUCCACAAAACUAUAGACUCAAACCAGAAAACACCAGAGAGUAUACCAGUGCAAAAGAUGCAUUCAGGCAGUGACGGACAAGUUCCAACUGUUAAUAAACCUGUAAAUCCAAUAAAGCCACGCCCACUUGCACAACGACAAGAUGCUCAAGUGAAACACAUACGGACUCCUUUAACAAGUUUAAAUCUCAAUGACUUUCCGUCGUCCAGUCAGGAUGCUGCCAGCAGACAGAAGAAACUGUCUGGAACCUGACAGGGGGAAUUGUGCAAUAGAAAAAGUGAUUUUGAUAUAUUGAAAUAAUGAUCUGCAUUAGAUACGACUGUCUGCAGAUUUUUAUGAAAAAAACGUAGUAAUGUCUGCUGUGAACUAUACAGACAGAAAAGCAACUUUGAGGAAACUGAAGGACGAGUUUUAUGUUGGGAUUGUCAGCUUUUAUGUUUUAUGUCAGCUUGUACUAUUCUGUUCUUUUACAUUCAGAACUAUAUACAGAAAGGCAUGUGCCUUUCAACUUGCUAGUUUAGUCCUUAGCCUAUAGGUCUUAUAGUUGCAAGAAAUAUUGUUCCCCAUCACUGUCGAUAAAAGUCGGUUUAAAGCACUUUACUUGUUUUACAGAAAAGAUCUGAAACAUUCGAUAGAUCUCAAGAUAUAUUUGAUAUUUCACAAGUGAUGGAAGGAAGAUAGACAAACGGUUAUUUGCUGUCUAAAAUGCUGAAUUCAGGUAUAUGUCUCUGAAAGAAAACUGUAAUGCAAAUGUCCAUUAAGGAUACAGCCAAAUCAAACAUGUUACUGUAAGUUUCUGGUCAUAUAAAAGCAGGGGAGAAAGUUCACAUGUUAGAGGUAACGAGUCUUUCCAACAUGAUAUUGUUGUUUAGGUAGAGUUAAAAGGUUAAAAUUUGUGACCUGAAUUUGUAAUACAUCAUUGCACUACAUUUGAGUUGCACCAUGAGAAAACCAACAUAGUGUGUUUGAGACCAGCAUGGAUCCAGACCAGCCUGCGCAUCCGUGCAGUCCGGUCAGGAUCCAUGUUGUUCGCUAAUGGUUUCUCUAAUUGCAGUCGGCUUUGAAAGCGAACAGCAUGGAUCCUGACCAGACUGCGCAGAUGCUCAGGCUGGUCUGGAUCCAUGCUGGUCGCAAAUGCACUAUGUUGGUUUUCUCAUGGCGUGGCUCAUUUUACAUAAAUCACUGUUCAUAUUAUAUGUCUAUAUGUUGGACUUUUGAUGCCUGUUUUACUUUCCCUACUUUCUGGGAUGAUAUAACAAGUGUUAUAAAGGUGUUAUAGAAUAGCAAGCUUCAAACAUUACUGUAAAGAUCUGAUAGUCACAUUUUUGAAACAAAAAAGAGGAAAUGUAAAUAUUGUAUAUAUUUGAAUAGACAGAGGUUUUUGUGUCCAUCAAAUAUAAUGCAUGUCCUAUCACACUUUAAAUUUCUACUGCUGCUUUCUUUCUGUUUUCUUCCAUUUCUUUUCAUUCUUUUCUCACUCUUGCUGUCCUCUAGCUGGUAAUUAUAGGUUAUUAGAUUUGUAUCGAGAAAUAUGCAAAAGUUCUGCAGCUGAAAUAUUGCGCGACUUUAGGAGCGCAAUAUUAUUCCGCAAAAGAAAAGAGUGCGUAUUUCUUGAUGCAAAUCUAAUAAUCUUUUUAUUACAUACACUUUUAUACUUGAAAUUAUUACAUAAAUGAUAUAGGUUAUUCUUAAGCCCGAGUACAACUGUAAUUAUCGUCGUUUAAGAACUUUUAAACGCGACGCGAUGCAUUUUAGAGUAAUGGCGCCUGAAAUAGGCAAAAAUGCCCAUUUUCACCUUGUGACGCGCCUGACUCAAAAAGUAUUUCAUAUAAAUUGAUUAAACCUUGUAUGUAUCUUUAUCAUGAUAUGAACUUGUGCGCCUCCUAUUUUUUGUCUGGCUUCGCCCCUAUUUUCAGAGUUAUAGCCCCUGAAAUAGUCAAAAAUGCACAUUUUCACCUUGUGACAUGCCUGGCUCAAAGAGUUUUUGAAUAUAAAUUGAUUAAACUUUGUAUGAGUCUUUAUCAUAAUAUGAACUUGUGCACCUACUUUUUUUUGUCUGGCUCCGCCCCCUAUUGUUAGAGUUAUGGCCCCUAAAAUAGUCAAAAAUGCACAUUUUCACCUUGUGACAUGCCUAGCUCAAAAAGUAUUUCAUAUAAAUUGAUUAAACCUUGUAUGAAUCUUUGUCAUGAUAUGAACCUGUGCACCUCCUAUUUUUUGUCUGGCUCCGCCCCCUAUUUUUAUUAUGUUAUGGCCUCUAAAAAAGUCCAAAAUGCACAUUUUCACCUUUUGACGCACCUAGCUCAAAAAGUAUUUAAUAUAAAUGGUUGAAAACUUGCGUAAGUCUUUAUCAUGAUAUAAACUUGCACACCUCUUAUUUUUUGGCUGGCUCCACCCCCUAUUUUUAAAGUUCUGGCCCCUGAAAUAGUAAAAAAUGCACAUUUUCACCUAAUUAUGUGCAUAGCUCAAAAAGUAUUUAAUGUAAAUUCAUGAAAUCUUGCUAGAGUCUUUAUCAUGGUGUGACCUUUCACACUUGGCAUUCUUAUUGAGAAUUUUUAUGCUUAUUACAGAGUUAUGGUCCUUGAAAUAGCCAAAAUAGUGGAUUUUUUAGUUUGUGAUGCUCAUAGCUAAAAAUAUAUGGCCUAGAAUAAUGAAUCCUUUGCAUAAAAUAUUUAGGCUAAACCCCAUUAACACUGCAAACAUUUGAAUUAUUGCCCCUUAUUUGUGACAAAUGUACUUAUAGGGGUGUGUGUGGGGGAGGUGGGGGGGCACAAUAUGUGCCCUACAGACACAUUCUAGUUUUACUAAUAUGUGUUGAAAUUUCAUCAAAUUUUGUCUAGUGUUUUGAUAUUCUAUUUAUCUAGUGUUCUACAUAUUAGCCUGUGUAAGUUUUCAUGUGAGGAAGCCUUGCAAAAGGUUGUCUAUUAAACCAAAGUGCCAGCCAGUGUCAAAAAUAAGGCCCGGAGGGACACUGUUGGGGUCUCCUUCCACCAUGAGACUAGAAAGUUGCCAUAUGAACCAAACAGAAACAAAUUGUCUGUAAGCACAAUGUUUGCUGUAAGCACAGUGUUUGCUGCAAACACUUUCAAGCUGUUUGCUGUGCCUGGGACAUUUAUACCUUCACCAGCAGAAAUGUUUACUUCUAUGAUUUUCAGAUUUUUAAGUAGUGUAAAAUCAUUACUUUUCUUGGGUCUUAAUUUUUAAGGAUUUCAAGGCUAUGUCAAUUCAUGAAUGUAUUCCAACAUACAAAAUAGUUAACACUUUAUACACCUUGUCAGAUCCGCAAUGAUCUUAUGUAGGUCAUAUUCUGGUCUUUGGGAUAAAUCAAUCAUGUAAUUUGCCUUGAAGGUUAUUAUGAAUUUCCCAUUUAAGCUAAUUCAUCUGUACAGAAAAAUAAAUGAUUAUAUAGGAGUCAUUGGUUCCUUAACCUUGUUGUAAAAAGAAAUCUUGUUGGUAUAAUUUUUGUUCAAUUGAAGUAAUGUUGUUGGUUCAGGAAUUGAUUUACUUCUUUGUUUUGAAAUUUGACCAGUAUUUCUUUAUUAGGAGGGGCGAGUUAUUUUUGCAUGUUUUACCAGUAUUAAUCUUAAUUGUAAUUUCUUCAUUCUGGAAAUAAGUUUUUUAAUGACGAUAUAAAAAUGUUCGAAGUUAACAGACUUACAGUAAGAAUAACGUAAAUGUUGAAAGUACGUGUACUUGGUUUCAUGCUUAUCUAUACUGAUAGAUAUCAGAACUGUUAUAUUCAUAUUUUGUAUGUUAACUUGACUUCUAUGAGUUUAUGUGAAAUAAAAAAUGUGUAAUGAUCAAAGAA